ACCCACGAUCCCGUCGCACGAUCUGCAACUGCCACUCCACGACUCCGCCCUUCUUUUACUCGCUCCCUCCGUUCUCGCCUCCUCAUAUACUCCGUCCCUUCCCGAUCUCCCCCAUUCACACACACUCGCGGCUGAGCCAAACCAAACCAAACCAUGGCGCCUCUGCUCCUGCUCUUCCUCCUCGGCGGCCUCUGCGCCUUCUUCUCCCUGGCCUCGGCGGCCUCGCGCGCCGCCAGCAAGAAGUGCGGCGCCGGCGGCAGAAACUGCGAGCAGGGCAAGAGCCUUGUGGAGGAGGAAGAAGAAGAGAGGGCCAAGGCGCCGGAGCGGGACCGGGAGGAUGCGGACCUAGGGAUCGUGUUCUCCACGUUCGACCACGACGGCGACGGCUUCAUCACGGCGGGGGAGCUGGAGGAGUCGCUCAGCCGCCUCGGCAUCGCCGUCUCCGCCGCCGAGGCCGCGCUCAUGGUCGCCCGCGUCGACGCCAACCGCGACGGCCUCAUCGACAUCCACGAGUUCCGCGAGCUCUACGACUCCAUCCCCAAGAAGCGCACCCACAACCCCUCGCUCCCUUCUUCUCCCGUGGACGCCGCGGCGGCGGAGGGCGCCGGCGAUGGCGACGAAGACGAAGAGGAAGAGGAGGAGAUGGACCUGAGGGAGGCCUUCGACGUGUUCGACGGCAACAAGGACGGGCUCAUCUCCGCCGAGGAGCUCGGCACCGUGCUCGGCUCGCUCGGCCUGCGCCGGCCCGGCCCCGGCGGCCGCCGCCCCGCCGCCGCCGAGUGCCGCGACAUGAUCCGCCUCGUCGACAGCGACGGCGACGGCAUGGUCAACUUCGAGGAGUUCAAGCGCAUGAUGACCGUCGUCAAGGCAUAGCGCUCUCCCCUUUCCUCCCCUUCCUCCUCACAGAUCUCACACAAACAAACACACGGAUCAGCAAAAGGGGAACAUGGAGCGGGUAACAUCAAUUUGUUCUUGGAUUGGAUCGGAAGAGACGAUGGAGAGAAAGAAGAACGUACUCUACUAAUCAGUUAACACCGAUCAAGAGCGUGUGCUUGUUUACGGGAUGGGGGAUUGGAAGCUAAAUCAGCUUCUUGCUCCGUGUUUCUCCCCCUGUUCUUGCUGAUUAGUGUUCCCCAGUUCAUUUCGUUUCUUUUCUUCCUCUUCCUCUUCCUUUUUGCAGUCUAAUUAGCAGUAAUUCCCUACUUUCUCUACUGACUAGUACUCUGUCAAGUAUGCAUGUAAAUAUUAUUUCUUGGCCACUGGCUGCUGGUGAAUGGAAAAUUUGAAUGGGUGCAAAAGAAUUGUAUUGCUC